AUGCUUUGGAAAUUCACUUGCGCGCCUUAUGUUAGGGGCGUUGCCCGUCCUUGUCCCCAGAGAUUGCGCUCGUCACUUCCUCUCUCUCUGCGACCACAGUCUGCUCUAUCAAUUGCGCGACUCUACGCCACAGAGCGCGCAUCAUCAAAUCGGGAUGGGAAGGACUUGCGACGGAAUUCACUUUCCGUCCCUACCACGUCCAGGUUUAACGAAAUUGGUGUGCAACAGUUAAGCGAAUAUGUUUAUCCCCAGAUCUUCCCGGGUAAACCUAGAACGCCGGAUCCCGCACUGGUGGCAUUGUCAGAAGAGCAUCUCUCGCGGCACGAUCUACUUGGAAAGUCACAGAAUGCCACAGAUCCAGUUGCCUUCGAUUUCCCGGCCUUACGGGGCGAUACAUUGGAUGAACAUUUCUCUAGGCUGGGAAUGGACUCAUCCGAACCCUAUCUAGAAUUCGCGAAGACAUACAUGACGACGACAUCUCCCAGCAGACCUCGUGAAUGGAUUAGACGCAGCGGGUGGACGAAAUACAAUAGUGACGGCACGGUGGAAUUCCCCGAAGCGCCAGACGAAGACAUGAUGACGUUCGAUACCGAAGUCAUGUAUAAAGAGCAUUCGUUCGCAGUGAUGGCUUGCGCCGUGAGUCCUACAGCUUGGUAUGGGUGGAUUUCUCCAUGGUUGCUUGAAGAAUCAGAGAAUCCAAUCCACCUCAUACCAAUGGGUGACCCAUCAAAACCUCGAAUUAUAAUCGGUCACAAUAUCGGUUUCGAUCGAGCGCGGAUAUUGGAAGAAUACGAUUUGAAACAGACCAAGAACUUCUUUAUCGAUACGAUGUCUCUUCACGUAGCUGUGAAUGGAAUGUGCUCUCAACAAAGACCGACAUGGAUGCGCCACAAGAAGAACAAGGAUCUGAGAGACAAGAUUGCCAGUGAGCAUAAUUCUGUUGAAUUGGCUGCGCUGGUUGAGAGCAAGGUUCUCAGUGAUGAGGAAGAGGAACUAUGGGUAGGAAGGAGUUCUGUCAAUUCACUACGCGAUGUCGCCAAAUUCCAUUGCGAUGUUACCAUUGACAAAUCGCAGCGAGACUAUUUUGGCGAACUUGACCGUCCCGGCAUUCUGUCCAGGUUACAAGAACUCUUGGACUACUGUGCAGCCGAUGUUGCCAUCACGCAUCGUGUGUAUAAAAAGAUUUUCCCGAAUUACCUUGAGGUGUGUCCUCAUCCAGUCAGCUUCGCAGCUCUGAGGCACCUUUCCUCGGUGAUUCUGCCUGUCAACCAGACGUGGGGCGAAUACCUCGAAAGUGCUGAAUCAGUUUACCAUCAACGACUUGACGAUGUUCGACGGAGACUUGUUGACCUCUGUGAGGAAGCCGCGAGUUUGAGGGAGAAAUCAGACAUUUACAUGAAUGACCCUUGGCUACGUCAGCUGGACUGGUCUGGCCAAGAGAUCAAAAUGGCCAAAGGAAAAAAGAAGGGAGACCCUCCACGACCGGCAGCAAGGCAAAAACUGCCCGGGAUGCCGAAAUGGUAUAAAGACCUUUACCCGAAGACCACCGGUGGUAUCAAUUUGUCGGUACGAACACGAAUUGCUCCUAUACUUCUUAAACUCUCAUGGGAGGGUUACCCCCUGGUAUGGUCCGAUAAGUACGGAUGGACCUUCAAGGUGCCUCGGGCAGAAGUUAAGAAAUUUGAAAACCAGCCUGUUGUGUCCUGUGAUAUGACUGAGGAGAAGGUUCAGGAGCUGCGAGAGGACAGGGCUCAUACAUACUUCAAACUUCCGCAUAAAGAUGGACCGCAAGCGCGGUGCACCAACCCGCUGGCCAAGGGCUAUGCGCAGUUUUUUGAACGGGGAUCCCUGGCCUCGGAGUACGCUCUUGCCAAGGAAGCACUUGACAUGAAUGCCUCUUGUUCGUAUUGGAUCAGUGCUCGAGACCGGAUCAUGAAUCAAAUGGUCGUCUACCAAGAUCAGAUUGGAAAACCACAAGUGGACCAAAAUAACCGGUUGGGCUUCAUCCUUCCCCAGCUCAUUCCCAUGGGCACUAUCACACGGCGUGCAGUGGAGAACACAUGGUUGACUGCCAGUAACGCCAAAGGCAAUCGUGUAGGGUCUGAGCUCAAAGCUAUGGUCAAAUCGCCGCCUGGUUACUCUUUUGUCGGCGCGGAUGUUGAUUCUCAAGAGCUAUGGAUUGCCAGCCUUGUUGGCGAUGCUCAAUUCCAGUUGCAUGGUGGCAAUGCCAUUGGUUUCAUGACUUUGGAGGGCUCUAAGGCUGCUGGAACUGAUAUGCACUCUCGAACUGCAAAUAUUCUUGGUAUCUCCCGGAAUGAUGCGAAGGUCUUCAACUACGGCCGGAUCUAUGGUGCUGGUGUUAAGUUUGCUGCCACCCUGCUCCGCCAAUUCAAUCCAUCUAUGCCUGAGAAGCAGACCAUGGAGGUUGCAACUGACCUAUAUAAAGCAACAAAAGGUGCCAAAACAACUCGCCGCGUUCUAAGUGAGAGUCCUUUCUGGCGUGGAGGUACGGAAUCUUUCGUUUUCAACAAACUCGAAGAGUUCGCAGAGCAGGAACGGCCUAGGACUCCGGUUCUAGGCGCUGGAAUAACAGAGGCGUUGAUGCGACGAUUUAUCAACAAAGGUAGCUUCAUGACAUCUCGGAUUAACUGGGCAAUCCAGUCUUCUGGUGUUGAUUACCUUCAUCUUCUGAUCGUUGGAAUGGACUAUCUUAUUCGGCGUUACAAUAUUGAAGCCCGCUUGGCAAUCACUGUGCAUGACGAAAUUCGGUAUAUGGUUAAAGACGAAGACCGGUACCGCGCUGCUCUAGCCUUGCAAGUAGCCAACGUCUGGACUCGAGCCAUGUUCUCGCAGCAGGUUGGUAUUGACGACCUGCCACAAUCUUGCGCGUAUUUCUCCGCUAUUGAUAUCGACCACGUUCUGCGCAAAGAAGUGGACGUGGAUUGCGUGACCCCUUCGCAUCCGCACAAGAUUCCCCACGGCGAAAGCCUGGACAUUCUACAACUUUUGGGCAAGAACGAGGAAGCGUAUCUCGACCCGACUAUCAUACCUCACUCGCCGCCCAAUCCCGAGAAGUACGAUUACACGCCUCGCGAGUCCGUCAUGUCGUCUCUCCAGGCUACACAUGACCCAGCAUUCAUUCGCGCUCAGAUUUCCAAGGACGAUAACGAACUUCGCGACAUCGUCAAGGAGGUCAUGAAGGCCAAAGCCUUGUCAACUGCAUCCACUAGUACCAAGACGUCGAAGACGAACGUCAAAUCGCCAGCCAUCCCUCAAGCAGCGGGCCCUCAACGGGCCAUACUGAUGGAUGUGAACUCGGGUCUUUAUAAUGAUUUCCGCAACCCUCCGCCGCAUGGAAAUAAGAAUUCCCAUGUUAGUUUCCAGCGGAGUACCUGGAAACCUAAGCAAACUGCUCGUGCAUGA